AGCACUUACUACUCGCCGUUUCCUCCUGCAUCUGAAUUUCGGGCCGCCAAGGUUAAGCGUAAUGAGGACUCGUCAAGCGCCUCUAGCCCCGGACAAUCGACAAUUUUAUGGACCAAAACGGCACAGCCGGAAACCCUCCGACGACAUCGAAAUCCUCACUCAGCUCCGCAAUCUUGCUGCAACGGGAGCUGGAAUCCACAUGUGCCUCUUGUUACUGCUGUGGACUGCAAUAUUGAUGAUUCAGUUUCACGGUGCAUGCUUGGUCAACCUUACUGUAUUCCUUGGUCAACACGCGAGACUGGCAAGAGCUCAGCCCCUUGUGCGGCGUUCCCCUUCAAGUCCCAUGCGUGCUCAUUUCCCCUGACUGCAGCUAGCAGCCG